UGUGGACAACCUGCUAAUGACUCAUUUCUGUAUUGAAGAUGGUGACCCAUGCAGCUAUUGUAGGACUACAGAUCCAUACUUAGAACCUGGACAUUCAUUUCCUUCACGUUAACCUGUUAUUUGUCAUGCCCAAUUUUAACAGGUAUCUGUGGUGUUUGUGUGCAUGUGGUUUUAUCCACCGCCUUUGUCUCAUUUGUAUUUUCAUCUUAUGGUGUUGUGUUCCCAGAUGCCCCUUUUGGCUCUCCUUUUUUAAUUGAUCUCUUGGGACAGCUUUCUGCUGCCUCCUGGCCCCUGAUCUACCCGCUUUCCCAGCAGGCAGCCAAUCAGAUCUUCUCACACCUGCCUGGAACAGCUUCGGAUGGUCCUGUUUACAGGUGUGCUAGGGCAUCACUUGGGACCGAGAAACACACUGGGCAAAAUUUAGGGAGUUAGAUGUUUAAACGGCACACCAGUUGAACGACUAAAGACGAGUGGGAACACUGUUUUGCUUAGUAUCCCAAUAAUGGUGUGGACAUGAGGAUUUUUUGAGUCGAAGAGAAGGUGUUCAUGUAGUCACGUGGACAGAGAAUAGUACUGUUUAAAGGGGAUAUUGUUCAGGGAUCCAAAAGAAGUGCAUGCUUUCAGGACAUCAACACGUCAGGGCAAUCAUGAUGUCACCAGAGGAUAGCAGCACCCUGGAGGGCUUAUUGUAUGGCAUCCUCCAUGGUGACAAGGGGGAGGGGUCUGUGAACCAAGGGAGCAGCCGGUCAGGAGAGGUGAAUUCCACAGCCAGUUCUCUAGCUACAGGCAUAGCAGAGGAGCCAUUGGUGUGUGCCAGCUGCGGGGGGUGUGUUUGCGACCGCUUUGUCCUAUUGGCUGCCGGGCGGGCGUGGCACGCGGCGUGUCUCCGCUGUAGCCAAUGCCAGUGUGAGCUCCAGACGCACCUCACUCUCUACUGCCGUGACGGCAGCAUCUACUGCCAGCAGGACUACUGCAGGUUAUUCAGUGUGGGACGAUGUUCCCGCUGCUCCCAGCCAAUGCCGUCAUCAGCAAUAGUCAUGAGGUCUGGUGAUCUGACCUUUCACCCCGAAUGCUUUUCCUGCCAGGAGUGUGAUGUCACCUUGAUGCCUGGAAACCUAUACUACCAACAGGGGCAGAGCCUGUACUGUCAAUCACAUAACCAUGACGACUGUAGUGCUCCACCCUCUCACAAGCUCCACCUCAAGCAGAGAGAAGCCUUCCUUGAUACAGGAGAAGGGGAGGAAUCUGUCAGCAGCCCUGAGCCACGGCUUGAGGAUGGCGUUACAGGUGGCCGGGGCCGCAGGCGAACCAAGCGAAUCAGAACAUGUUUCCGUAGCGAGCAGUUGAGAGCCAUGGAGUCCUAUUUCGCCCUGAAGCACAACCCUGAUGGCAAGGAUUGGAGCUGUCUGUCUCAGAGGACCGGUCUGCCCAAGAGAGUGCUUCAGGUGUGGUUCCAGAACGCAAGGGCCAAGCUCAGGCGCUCCCUCUCAGCUGACGAGUCGCAGAGCAACUCACCCGCCCCCCAGAGGUUUGAUGCCAUGGCAACGCCCUCCCCGUCCCCAGUGGCCUCCUCCCACCAUUCCCAGUCCUUCCAGACCAGCACCAUCAACCAACUGGAGCUCUCUCUGCUCAUCGCCCCUCUCAGUGACCCAGCCCAAAGCCCCACCAACCAAUCAACAGGCUUUAAAGACUGUCUUCCUGGACUACAAUUCCCAGGGUGCACCAAGGCUCUCCCCUUUGAUGACCUAUGACUUUUGAGAGUCUGGAUUAGGGAGAGAAGGGAAUUCUGACAAGGUACUUCAACCAUAUUAUUGUUAGGCAUGUUGACGGUAAAACUCUGUGACCUGUAAACUGAUGGACUUUUUAGUUACACUGAACAAGAAUAUAAACACAACAUAUAAAGUGUUGGUCCCAUGUUUCAUGAGCUAAAAUA